AUGGCGCUGAAGCUGCUGGCGGCGCUGGGGAUCUGGGCCAGCCCCAACGAGUGCCUCACCGCAGCAACAGCACCGACAAGGCCGCAGGCGCGCCAGAUUCUGCCGCCAGGAGCUACCCAGGCCAAGGCCCAGAUGGAGCUUGGCAGAGAGGUCUGGUUGGCUCGGCUGCCGGUGUUCCACACCUGGCCGGUCUUUUGGACCGCCCGCACGGAGGUGGUGCCGGCCUCCGCGGUGCAUUGGCCCGACGAGACCUGGGCGCAGCUCUCCCCGGCCGUGCGUGACAUCUUGGAGGGCAGCCUCGCCGGCGAACGGCGGCAGGCGCUUCAUGCCGACUUGCUGCCCUUGACUUCAGGGCCUGCAGGCCCGGGUGUUGCCUUGGACAUUGAGGGGGCCACCGAGAAAGAGGUGCGGGCCGCGAGGACUUGCUUGCAGUUUGCAAAGAGACAGCUACCUCAGUCAGCCAUCGGGGUCCAAGAUGCCAUCGCACGGAAGAUGCAGCAGUGGUACAUGGAGAGUGUGAAGAGUGGCGUGGUGCCAGCCACUGCCCAGCAGGUGGUGACCCUAAGCCAAUGGGCAAUGGAAACCAACAACUGCUCAGUCAUCACUCACGUGCUGGCCGGUGAUGCGAAGCCCAAACUGCUGCCCAUCGCAGAGGUCCAUCGUCACUCUGAGGCGCUGGCGAGUGUGGAGAAGCUGAGCCAGGUGAAGCUGCCAUACGUCAGCAUGCUCUACACUGCCAGCUCACCACAGGACGCGCCCAAGUGGGAAGCCUUCUGGCAGCGGUGCGGCCUGAGGUCCAGCUUCUCCUUCGUGGCCAACGUCUUGGAACUGCAGUCAUCAGACCACGCCUGGCUUCCGAACCGGCAAGUGCCUGCACGGCGCACCUCGAAGAAGGAAGGCGAGCUGCCAUACGGCUUGGGCAAGCUGCCGCACACGGCCUUGCGAGUUGUCGAUGUGAUGUUCUCGCAGGACUGGUCUCAAGUGAUUGCUCGCAUUUCGCAGGCGCAACCGCCAGAGGAUCAGGAACAGGAGGAGCAAUGGAGGCAAGAUGCGAGGGCCUUCGCAAGACUGGUCUCCAAGAUGCACGUGGACAUCGACAGCACAGCAGCCACAACCAUGUCCGAGGUGCCAGCGGCCGAGCCACCGAAGCUCAGCGGAGGUUCGAAGAGCCUCUCGGAGAAGUCUCCGCCCAGCCACCGCUGCGUGUACUUCAUGCCCCCGGGCCAGCCAGGUGAGAAGCGAUUGCCUUUGUACCCUGCCCACUGGCUCCGACUACUAAAUGCCAGCCGGUGGGUGCCUGCCAAGGAAGUCGGAGGAGCAUCAAAGCGCGGCUGGUUUAAGCCCUGCGAGGUGCUCUUGAAGGCGGACCCUGCGAGGCCGGGUCUGCCAGUGGCAGACCUGCCAGCAGACCUCAGCCGCAGCCUUGAGGCACUGAAGAACCUCUUUGCAUGGGGCACUGUUGCCCCUGAGCCGCCGGUGGAGCGUCUGGCGCAAGUAGGGGCGGCAGCCUUGCGCCAGGCCGGCUGUGAGCCCCCGGGGCCGCUGUGGCGGGCCGUGGCGAAUGCCCAGCGGCUGGGGACGUUGACGCCGGCGCAGCGGGGGACGCUGAAGCGCCUCGGGCGGCUGCCGGUUUUCCCUGCCCCAGCCGGCCUUUUGGACGGCGCAGACCGCUUGACUGCGGACAGACUGGUGGUGCUUCAAGCAGGUGGAAGUCAAGAGGAGCUAGAGGAGGUGAAAGCGCUGGUGGAUGCGAAAUGGCUGGUGGACGUCCGCUCGGACUGGCCGCUGCGGGAUGUGGUGGAGGACGUGCUGCCAUUGGUGGAGGUACCAACGCGGCCCAGCAAAGCCUGCAUGAAGGCCUUGGUCUGCUGGUGCUGCUCCGCAGAGCCCGAGACCCUCUCCGAGGAGCUGCGGACGGCGCUGACCCACGCGUUGGCCAGCAUUGCAGCAGAGGCGAAGAAGAAGGGUUUGCCGCCGCCGCAGGCCAUGAAGCAGCUGAUGCCGCAGCUGAAGCUCUUCUGCAAAGAGGGCCCAGGCUUGGGCAAGGGGCGGUUUCCAUCACGCUGGCUGUCCGCCUAUGCUCCAGGGCCGGGCGGCGUGCUGCCCGUCCUGAAUGACGAUGCCACCAAAGCAGCCAUGCUGACUCCGGCACAGGGUCUUCAAUUGCUUGGGUUCCUGGACCAUCCUCAGAGCCGCUUCCCAUCUGCGGCACGACUUCAGGCCAAGGACAGGCAAGUGACCGAAGCCCUGGGCAUCAUGCGCCUGAGCGACCCUGCCAUCAAGUUGCAAACCAGGAUCACUGGUGAAGCCAUGGUGGUGCCGGGCUCUGCGGAUCGCAUCAGCAUCGUGUUGAAGCUUCUUUGGCGAUCAGCUGGCAAAGAACUUCCGGCAGAUCAUGUCAAGGUGCGUUUGCGCAAGUGUGCAGCGAUUGCCCGGGAGCUCUCACUGGGCAACGAGGAAGGAAAGGCCACUUGUAUGGAAGCCUUUGCCAUGUGGGGCGAGGCAGACCCGGAGGACACGAGCAGCUGCGAUUUGCUCGUCGCAGGCGAUGUGGAUGACUACGCCGCAGAGGUGGAAGAGCUCUUUGAAGCGCGGUACGAUACCAUCUUCAGGGCCUUCGAGACCCGGCCGGCCAAGGUCUUACGCUUGCUGCGGCACCUGGAAAUCGACAAGGACUUUGACAAGUUUUUGGGACGAGAUUUUGCGGGAGUGCUGGAGCAGCAGGAGCUUGAGAAGCGAAAAGCAGAGGCCAAGGCCCGCCUCAACGAGGCUGCGGAGGCCCAGCGUGUGGCCAGGGCCACCCAGCUCCAGGAGCAGCUGGCCGCAAAGCAGGCCACCCAACUCCAGGUCUUCGAGCAGCAGCGCCUAGAGGAGCGACGCAGGCUGGCGGACCAGAAGGCCGAGGCCGAAGCCUUCCUGGAGGCCACCAAGGCGGCCAAGGCCCAGGCAGACGCUGAGGCCUUGAAGGCAGCACAGGCCAAGGCCAAGCCAGUACCAGCCCCUACGGGGCCGACAGCGCCGGCAGCGCCGGUGCCUGCUGAGCCGCCCGGGCUCAAGCCUGUCAUUCCUCCCAGGAUCCUGCCGGUAGGCAGCCUGAGCCGCGCCUGCCUUCAGGAGGCGACAGGCCCGACGCCCACAGCAGCUGUGCCGGCAGUGGAGAAGCGAAGCGGCAUCUACCCCUUGCCGAACAUGGUGAAGGUGGGCUCUGUGCCACCUGCGGGCGACCAGGCAGGGAAUAAGAGCGCUGAGGAGGAGCCGAAGAUCGAGGCUGAGGGCGAAAGAGCUGCUAAGAGGCAGAGGCUCGCAGAGGACGAGGCAGAAGGCCGUGCGGCCGGGGACGGUGGCGUGCAGAAAAUGGAGGAGAAUGCCAAUGGCUCGAGCUCCUCGAGCCUCAGCACGCUUCAACAGGAGCUUGACAAGCUGCGCCGGGAGAACGAAGCUUUGAGGACCAGAGCCGGGCACACCGCCACCAUGUUUCCUGUCCUCGGCCAUGGGGGCGAAAAAGAGGAGGAGGACCAGAAAGAGCAGGACACUGUUGUGACGAAAGGGCAGAUCAAGCGGAUGAAGCUGGAAGCAAAGGAGGUGUUGUACCGCCCCAUCUCUGAGGGGUUCGGAUACAAGAUGCUGCAGAAGUUCGGGUGGAAGGAGGGCGAAGGCCUGGGCAAGCAGGAGAAGGGCUUGGCCACGCCGCUGUGGGUGGACCCUCGCGAGGGCAGAAGUGGCCUUUUCUCCGCUCAAUCCGGAGAGAGCCGCCCCCCGAAGCCGCCAGAAGCUGAAGAGGAUUGGUUCAACCCCAAGCCGCUCAGCGCCAAUCCAUUGCGAUUCGUCGGCGAAGGCGAGGCAAGCGGGCCACGCGGAGAGAAGUCCCCCGAAGGCGAGUUGGGUGGACCUGGACGGAUUGGGCCCCUUGGGGUUCUUGGGUUUGUGCCUGCUCAAUCUGCAGGCGCACCGCAAAUGGUCCGGGCUGGCAUGAUGCCAAGACCACGAAGCUCUGUUGCACCAGCUUUGAUCGGCCUGCUCUCCGACCAGCGAUGGGCCGGCGGUGGUGGCGCUACCAUGCUGGGGGAGCUUCUGGCGGAGGCGUUGGACAGCGCAGCUGCCGAGCGCUUCUUGCGCUUGGCGGAGGAACGACUGGGCUCUUGGGGCAGGAUCGGCAUGCAGAUCGGCUUUACUUCACGGGGCUCACCAAGAACUCAUGAAUGA